CGACCAGCUAGGUGGCGCCAAAACCAAAACAGAAACACGACGUGAGGUACGCGUGUGAGGUCCUUUUCUGUUGCGUGGCUAAAUAUUCCACUAAUAUAAACCAUUUUAUUGAAUAUUAUACGAAAAUGGUACGCAUGAGAUUAUUUAAAGGACCCGUCGCGUUAUUCCAUGUAUUCUGUGUGUUCUUUGCAAGUGUGAAUGGGACCAUUUCUCCAUCUGACAAGAAAAAGUCUCAGGUUGUGAAACCGUUGUUACCUGGCGAGGCGACUGUAUUUGACCGAGGUCUAGUAACAGAUGCAGUGAAGGUUAACGACAUACUCAAGCACCACAAGUCAUACUGCCUGGACUCUGCGAAGACGAAACGCUUUGAAGGUUCCGUACUGUCCUACGUGACACCGUGGAAUAAUCACGGUUAUGACGUUGCAAAGAUUUUCGGCAGCAAGUUUGGGUAUGUGUCACCCGUCUGGCUACAGCUUAAACUCGAAGGUGGCAAGCUUGUCAUCUCUGGACAGCAUGACAUAGACAAAGGAUGGGUGAAGGAUGUUAAAAGCAAUGAUGGGGUGAAGAUAGUUCCAAGAGUUCUGUUCGAGAACUGGAAUUCAAGAGACCUCAGGCAGACUGCAUCAUCGAAAUCAAAACUGCAACAGGCAGCUGAUGCGCUGAAAGAGCUGGCAUUUGAGAGCGGAUUUGGAGGAUACGUGGUCGAGAUCUGGUCACAAUUUGGAGGGCAAAUGUCCGAUGAAAUGACAACAGUGGUCAAGUACCUUGCAAAGGAGCUUCGGGCUGCAUCACUUGAGCUUAUCCUCGUCAUUCCACCACCCGUGUAUCAUGGGGAUGCCCCAGGCAUGUUCACGAAAGCAAACUUCGAUAAACUCUCAGACGAUGUUACAGCAUUCAGCCUCAUGACAUACGACUACUCCAGUCCACAAAGACCAGGCCCAUCGAGUCCAAUCAGCUGGGUGCGAAAGUGCGUCGAAAUGUUGUCACCAGAUCAAAGUAACUCCGUUCGAAAGAAGAUCUUGCUCGGGCUUAAUUUUUAUGGCUAUGACUACACAAGUACUGGUGGGGCCCCCAUUGUUGGGCACCAGUUCGUAAACGAGCUCUCCAAAGGGAAGCCCAAAGUUCGGUGGGAUGAAGAAUCAGCGGAGCACUUUUUUGAGUACAAACACAGCGACGGUCGACACACCGUGUUCUACCCGACGCUUCAUUCCAUCCAGCGGCGUCUAGACCUCGCACGGGAACUGGGCACGGGUGUUUCAAUCUGGGAAAUAGGACAGGGGCUUGACUACUUUUAUGAUCUACUAUGACAGCAUCUUUGUGCUUCAGUCUCAGAAGCUGGGCCAGCAUCGAAUGAGGCAGAUAAUAAAUUAUUAUUUUUUAAGUUAAA